UUACAUACCGACUCGGACUAACCAUAUGUUGGUUGAGUCGAAGAAGUUCGUGCAUGCUGCGUUACAUAGUUUCAUACAAACGCAAAUGACGCACGAGGUACUUACGUCGGAAAUGUUGCAUUAUGUACAUAGUAUAAGUAGAUAUACCAGCUGCAACUUUCCCGCACUAAGUACCCGUUUCUUUUUUCUUUUUUUCUGUGGUGCCUUCUCGUGCGUAUGGAGUGGGUUGUCGUGUUCAGCGAGUUCGCUCAUGAUGCAUGGCAAACAGUUAUACCAUGUCCAGAGGACCGGAUACCCUUAAGGCCUCGCCAUAUCUUGCAUCUGGCGGCUGCGGUUCUGCCAUCGGUGUCAAUGGCCUACCUUGCUCGACGUCCGAAGACUUACCACCUCCGACUCAUGCUACUCCCACUCAUAGUAUUAGUCACAUUGGGGACUUUCUUCCGCUUCAUAGUCUCCGGAGUGGAACACGCCCCGGCUAAUUGGGUAAUAGCAUCGUUUGCCAUCCUUAUCGUUGGCAAGGUCAUCGAUUGCGCUUGGAGACCUGAAGGAAUGCUCAAAGUCGGCGAAGAAAAGCUAGAUGUUUUCAUCAACUCUUCUAACCAAAGCAAAGCCCAAUUGUAUGAUGCCCUUGAACUCAUAUGCACACAGAGAGGAAUCGGUUGGAAGUUUGGAGUUCGAGUGCACGUCCCAAAGGAACAUAGGUCUCUCGAACGAUGUGCAUUUCUUUGGCAAACUUUAGCCUCCGCUCUUCGAAAUUUCGUCGUGAUCGACUUCUGCGAGUCAUUCAUCAAACUCGUACCAGGCGUUGGUUCACCCGAAGGAGGUACCAUCUUCAGGCCCGAGCUUCCUAUCCCACAGCGCUACAUUCUAUCUACCGCGGUUCACGUUGUCACAGGAUCCAUGUUUAUUGCGGGUUUCCAGUCGUUGUACGAUGUCCUUACGCUAAUCGGCGUUGGCUUGCUCUUCAACGAUCCCUCAUCGUGGCCUCCUCUCCUGGACCACCCUUGGCAGUCGGACUCCCUACACGUAUUUUGGGCUAAAGGCUGGCAUCAGGCGCUGCGCGAGACUUUCUUCAUAUACGGUGGCUUCAUUGGAGGAGCUAUUGCUGGAAAUGUUGGUACUGUUUUUGGGACGUUUAUUGGAUCAGGCCUACUUCAUGAACUCGCUAUCUGUAGUCAUGGACGGGGGUUUGACCCACAAGGCAUGCUCUUCUUUGUACAGCAGGCCCCACUGCUAAUCCUAGAGAAGCUAUGGACGCGUAUCACUGGACACCGUGUCAGAGGCAUCUAUGGACGACUAUGGGUGUACUUCUGUAUUGUCAUCUUGGGGCAAUCUUUAGCGGACUCAUGGCAUAAAAGAGGUCUCGGUGGAGGCUAUAUUAUUGACCCACGCAUUAGCCCUGUUCAUACACUACUUAUACCAUUCCUUCGGCGGUUUACAGAGUUCUUGGGUCUCCACAACAUCUCUGCCCCGUUUGGUUGAUAACGCCCGCCUCUUUCUUUUUGCAAAACUACAUUGUUGCUAUGAUCUAGGGAUAUCCCUAGGAUACCACGAGCUUCACUCCACGGAAACGACUGGAGCGUUAACCUUCUUCCACGAUAAAUACCUCGAGUUCGCAUGCUUUGUAUUGGUGUAGUACCCAGUAGCAAUCUCACUUGGCAACCAACUCGCGCACCGGUAACGACUCGGCAGAGACAGAGUUCACAUCCCCUCCAGCACUC